AUGUCAUCUUUAUCUUUUACACCAUCUUCAACUAAUAAAUUAAGUCGUGAAGAUUAUCGCCGUCAAAAAGAUCUUGAGGCGGCAAGAAAAGCUGGUACCGCCCCUGCUGAACAAGAUGAAGAGGGAAAAGAUAUUAAUCCUCAUAUUCCUCAGUACAUUGCCAAGGCACCAUGGUAUCUAGAUACAGGACGACCAACUUUAAAACAUCAGAGAAUCCAUGAGUUAGAAGAAAAAAAAGAUAAUAAUCAAUGGUACGCACGUGGUCUUCGUUUACCUGCUGUGACAAAAUUCAGAAAAGGUGCCUGUGAAAAUUGCGGCGCCAUGACACACAAAACAAAAGAUUGCAUGGACCGUCCAAGGAAAACAGGUGCCAAAUGGACAGGCCAAGAUAUAAUGCCUGAUGAAAUAAUUCAAGAUAUUGAAUUAGAUUAUGAUGCUAAAAGAGAUCGCUGGAAUGGUUAUGAUCCUUCAGAACAUUCAAAGAUUUAUGAAGAAUAUGAAAAAAUUGAAGAAGCCCGACGUAAAAUAAAGGCUAAUGAACUUGAUAAACAAAGUACAACUGAACUUGUUAAAAAGACUGGUGAUCGUAUUGCUACUGAAUUUUCAAGUGAUGAAGAGGAAGAUGAUGAAGACAAGUACGCUGAAAAAUCUGAUAUGCCAGGGCAAAAAGUUAAUACAAAAACGAGAACUACUAUUAGAAAUUUGAGAAUUCGUGAAGAUACUGCUAAAUAUUUAAGAAAUUUGGAUAUAAAUUCUGCAUAUUAUGAUCCUAAAACUCGAUCUAUGCGUGAUAAUCCAAAUAAAGAGAAAGGUGCUGAAGAUAGUUUUUACGCUGGUGAUAAUUUUGUACGAUACACGGGAGAUGCUCCAAAUAUGGCAAAUCUUCAACUUUUCGCAUGGCAAGCUUAUGAAAAGGGUACAGACGUUCAUUUACAAGCAAAUCCUACUCAAGGAGAACUAUUACAUCGUGAAUAUCUUCAAAAAAAAGAAAAACUUAAAGAUACUAGCAAAGAUUCUAUUUUAGCAAAAUAUGGUGGUGAAGAACAUUUAAAUGCUCCACCAAAAGAAUUGUUAUUAGCUCAAACUGAACAAUAUGUUGAAUUUUCAAGAACAGGUAGAAUAAUAAAAGGCCCAGAACGAGCCAUACCUAAAUCAAAAUAUGAAGAGGAUGUCUUUAAUAAUAAUCAUACUUCUGUAUGGGGAUCAUAUUGGGCUGAUGGUAAUUGGGGAUAUAAAUGCUGCCGUUCUUUUAUUAAAAAUUCAUAUUGUACUGGUCUGGCUGGUAUCGAGGCUGCAAAUUCUUCUAAUCUCUUGACCGUUUCUGAGCUUAAAAAUGACGAAGAAUUUUCAAAUAAAAAAUCUCUUGUUGAAAUUCAUAUUGAAAAUAUGAAAAAAUCAAAAUCUAAAAACGUUGACGACUCGAAUAAGCACAUAAAACGUAAGAAUCUGGGAGAAGGUGAUAUUCAACUGGACACUAAAAAACUUAAAAAGGCAUUGGAAGAAGAAGAUAGACGAAUUAAACAAAUUAAACAAAUGAAAAACGAUAUUAACAUGGACGAUAGAAAACGGCCUUACAAUAGUGCUUAUAUGGGUAAUAACGAUAAACUUGAUUCUGAAGUUACCGAAGAGGAAUUAGAAGCAUAUCGAUUGAAAAAACAAUC